AUGUCAUCCAUUAGCUCUUUCACCGGCCUCAUGGCAACCUACUCGCCCCUCAGCGAUCGCCGUCCCUCCUCGGAUGAAAAAGAUGACAGCGUCCCACUCCAAUCCGAUGUAGAGACUGCGGGCCGUCAAGGAGCUGAACGACAAUCCUCUCGUUUCAUUGACGGCCGAACAGUCUCGGAUGCGAUUAUCGGUCUGUCGGAUGGCAUGACUGUGCCUUUCGCCUUGACUGCCGGUCUCUCUGCACUGGGCGAUACCAAGGUUGUUGUCUUUGGUGGACUCGCUGAGCUCAUUGCUGGAGCCAUCUCAAUGGGACUGGGUGGAUAUUUGGGCGCAAAGAGUGAAGAGGAAUCAUACAAGGCCACAAUGAAGGAGACACAAACACAAGCUACGAAUGACCCUGCCUCUGUGUCUGACACUAUCUCCGACAUCUUUGAGCCCUAUGAGCUUCCAUCUGAGUUGGUCGCUCAACUCAAGAAUCACCUUUCCACCUCCCCCAUGCUUCCUUCCUUCCUCAUGAACUUCCACCACACUCUGCCUGAACCCUCCGACUCGCGAGCUGUUAUGUGCGCCCUUACUAUCGCACUGGGAUACUUCAUUGGCGGUUUCGUUCCCCUGAUUCCAUACUUCUUCGUGGGACCACAGGACGCUUAUAUUGCCUUGCGCUGGUCCAUUGUCACCAUGGUCAUUGCGCUGUUUAUGUUCGGAUAUGGAAAGACCUGCUUUGUGAGUGGCUGGAGUGGCCGUCGCAACGUUCGCAAAGGUCUCGUCGGAGGGAUUCAGAUGGUGCUGGUAGGCGGCAUUGCUGCUGGCUCGGCAAUGGGACUGGUUAAGGGUUUCCAAAUGCUGGCUGACGGCUCCGGCGACCAGAAGAAUGACUGA